AUGGCACAACCUUACGCAAAGGUUGGACAGCCUCAGGUGUACCAGAGAUACUACUCAGAACCUCGUCCCGGCGAUAAACUACCACCGCUUGACUAUGGUGAGGGCGGACGUAUUCAUCUCGUUCCUGGCGAAAGAUACUGUCGAUGGCGACAUCCCCUCACUGAAAUUCUCUGCAAGAAUGCCGAUCGCUACGGCAGGCUCGAGCUUAGAGACCACUAUCGAGUUGAUCAUGGUUGCAAGGUUACCCAUGAUGACAGUCCCUUGUUUGAGGCGUUAGAUAGCAAGCGACAUCGACAGUCUAUGCAGUGGUACAGCGAUAUGCUGCAGGGCCGUAUGCCAUCCUGGCCUCCAGCCCCCCAACAAGAUUGCCAAAACAGUAGCUCCGGCAGUACUCGACCCAAAGCAGAGCAUGGCAUGCAAGAUUACGAUGAGAUUCAAGUUCAACAGAAAGACGAUGUCGAACAAACAGAGUUUCCAUAUGUACUAGGAAAUCGACAAGUCAGGGUAUGCGGAGAAGAGAAGCAGCCCCUUUAUUUGAAGAUCGAAGGCCUACAGCUGGGGCCCCAAGAAGAGUCCGAUCGCCAUAGCGCAGUUCGACUAUGCACUUUGUUCAACCAGCACCAAUCGAGUAUGCCUCGUCGCGUUCGAUCCAGGCUUCUCCAUCUGCUCACGGGCGGCCAAUUUCAGCAUAAUGCGCAGUCGGUAUUCCAACCACUCAAGCACCAACUCAGCAUGCAUAUGUAUGACGAAGAGGUUGGAGAAGCCAAUUGGAUCAGUGUCACCUACGAAAGAUGGUUCAUUCUCGUCGGUAUAUAUGGGUGGGGCAUGCUGAGGGAGCACGCAGACUGCAUCCGAAAAGCCGUGGUAAUGCGCUAUGGGGAGCCCAUCGAUGGGGACUUGACAUUCAAGAACUCUUCGGAUAACAGCGGAAGUAUCGUGCGUCCCUUUCUGUCGCAGCUGGGCGAUGAGGUUUUCAUAUGGGGUCCCAUGAUUCGACAACAUGAACAGUUGAUCCGACAGCAUGAACAGACAAUCCUAACGCAGUCCUCAAUAAUACAGAAGCUCCAAGCAGUGAGCGAAGCCCAACAGAAACAGAUCGACAGACUCAACGCCAUAGUCGGGGUUCAGCCCUGUCCUGGACCUGGUAAGCAUAUGGACGAUGGGGACAAUGAUGUGGGCAUGGGUCAUGAAGUCAGUCAGGGCCAUUAA